AUGUACUGUAGUGGCCCUGUUGGGACUCCUCCUGGGCCACAGACUCAGCUGGUCCGGCAGAUACAUGCGCAGAUUUUCCCCUCACGGGCAUGGACAGAUUUUGGCCCUGCAGUGAAGGCGGAAACUGAUGGCCAGGGACACGCCAACGAUUACGUGGCGUUGACCUGUAGGUGUCUGGAAUCUCUUGCAGGCGUUCCUGUGGACGCCUUGUUUGCACCUGCUGAACCGGCGUUGGCCCGAGAUAGGGGCUUUGCUGAGGGGAAACAGGAAUAUGUCCACCAAUACCAGCAUCCGUAUCGAACUUCGGUUUUGCCGAAGAGGACAGACUCACUGACGAUGUACUGGAGUGGCCCUGUUGGGACUCCUCCUGGGCCACAGACUCAGCUGGUCCGGCAGAUACAUGCGCAGAUUUUCCCCUCACGGGCAUGGACAGAUUUUGGCCCUGCAGUGAAGGCGGAAACUGAUGGCCAGGGACACGCCAACGAUUACGUGGCGUUGACCUGUAGGUGUCUGGAAUCUCUUGCAGGCGUUCCUGUGGACGCCUUGUUUGCACCUGCUGAACCGGCGUUGGCCCGAGUUGGGGGCCUUUCUGAGCGGGAACGAAUAUACCUCCAGCAUUCGCAACAGCAUUAUCGAGCUCCCAACAUGUCUCAUUAG